GAUCCUGCUCUAGAAGAGAAUCUCCACACCUUCGUCCGCAAAGUGGGCCAUCGCAUCUCUGACAAAAAGCUCGAUCGCUCCUCAAGGGUCCUGGCGCGCUUGCGCGUUGGAGUGCCGCAGCACUUGAAGAAGAGGGUCAAGGAGGAGCAUGCAGAGCUAAGAGACGUGGAUGGUAAAACAUUGAGGUUCACUUUGGAAUUGACCGACAAUGUUACUGUCAAGAAGGACUCCAGCUGUGCGACCCUGGUGU